UUUUCCGAUUCAGAUUCAUCUUCCCUAGAUUCUCUCCAUCCACCACCAACUCUUCAAAAUCCCAAUGAAUAAACCUCCCCAAUAACCCAUUAAAUCAAUAUGUACCCCCAACCCUCAUCCCCCGAAUGGCCUCACUGCAGCCCCUCCACCGUCGUCGACCCCUUUUCCUCCCCCCUCGGCAGCUGGUACCAAGAUGGCUUCUCCCACGAUCCAGGUUAUCUGGCUUCACAGGAAGAAUUACGAUGUAUGCUCUUCACUAUUGCACAAUCCGCCGUUCCGACUCGCGCAGGAAGCCCAGUUGUCGAUGAGAGUGAGCGCGGUUUGCCACCGGGGCAGAGGGUGAUGAGGCCGGCUUUUUCGAAUCAGAGGAGAGUGGUUUAUUUGAAGAAUUAUGUUGGGCAGGUUGCGCCUUGGCUGGACAUGUUCGACUCGCAGUGCACAUUCCGCGUGCAACUGCCCGCUCUCGCCCGCAAUUUCCCCGCUCUGGGAUACGCCAUUCUCGCCAUUUCCGCGCGGCAGAUGGAGCGCAAGGAGGGCAUUCAGCAUGCGUUUGAGAGUCUGGAAUUGUACCAGGAGGCUAUUCGCUUACUUAGUCCUCUAUUGCAAGUCCGGGAUCCGAAAGUCGUCGCUGCGUGUGUAAUGCUGUGCUGUUUGGAGAUGAUGUCCGCCCGGGCGCAGGACUGGCGGCGCCAUCUGGAAGGUUGUGCGGCGCUGUUUGAUGCGUUUGGAAUUCAUGGGUUUUGUAAUGGGUUGCUACAGGCUGUUUUUUGGUGUUAUGCGAGAAUGGAUUUAUGCGGUGCUCUUAUUUCUGACGGCACGCAAAGCACACUCCUCAAACCCUCCAAAUGGCUCGGUCCAGGCUGGGAAGACGACCAAGCAGCACGAUUAUUCCACGACGCCCGAUCCCCCGACAUGCACGCCAACUACGCCGUGUAUCUCUGCGCCCGCACCUGCGAGCUCGUCUCCGACCGUACGAAAUUCAUCGAACUCGGCGACGAAAACGGGUGCACGGGCGAAACCUUCCACCGGCGCUGGCUGCAAGUCUGGGAGGAACUGCAGGACUGGCUGGCCCAACGGCCCGACGAGUUACUGCCUAUCCAGACGACGAAUACGAAGCCGUUCCCGCAUGUGCUGUUUGUGCAUUGGGCUGCUAUUUCGUCGAAUCAGCUGUAUCAUACGGCGUGUAUACUGCUGUUAAAUGUGAUGCCGAAGAGUGUCAAGCUGGCGACGGGGUCUGCGGUGUCGGCGUUGUGGCAUGCACGGCGCAUUUGUGGGAUUUCGCUGGCGAAUCCGCAUCAGGGGUGUUUGAAUAAUGCGAUUCAGCCGUUGUGGAUUGCGGGGAGGUUGUUCAGUCAUGCGUCUGAACAUGAGGUUAUCGUCAAUCUGAUUCGGAAUAUCGAGGCACAUACUGGUUGGGGUGCGUGCUGGCGUAUCAGAGACCUCGAGAUCGCUUGGGGAUACAAGGUCUCGAGAGCUCCAAGGAUGGAGAAUCAGGAGAUAUUUUCCACGGGGUAAUCAGUCAUCAGGAGUCGUGAAUGCCCCAUUCUUCGCGCAGGCUCCCUAAAUACUCGCUGAUGUCCCAUCCAGUCACGGUCCGGAUCUGCUCGAAGCCGUGCAGUAUCUCCUGCUGCUGGGACUCGUGGGUCAUACGUCUGGCUGCAACGAGGAACGAAGCGAGCAGAGAUAAAUCCCAGCAUUCCCGGCGGUCAUUAUUCAGAGCAAUACUACAAAUACGUCGGGCAUGCCAUAAUGGCGACAUGGCAGAUGGCUGCAG